ACUUCACGCGCAAAUCAACCCCUCAACUCACCUGCAGUGGCAAAUCAGCCCCUCUCUUAACCCUUCCGUUAACAUUUAACAGUUGCUCAUCAGCCCUUCUUCUGUGUCUGACGUUACCUUCUUUUUGCUGAGAUGGAUGCUGAGGUGGAGGCACAGCUGGACAAAUACCUCAAAAUCAGCAGAUUACAAAUCUGGUGAUACAGGUAAACCUAGAGGAGGAGGAGAUGGUGGUGUUGGAAAAGAUUUUGAUGGUUGAACGAGUUGGAAGAAGAGUUAACUCAGCAGUUGCAGAGUCUAACUUGUUCGAGAUGGAGUGCGUCCACGUUGGGAAUUUAGUGGGUUGCUUGAGGCCGAUGCUUCAUGAUCUGGUCGGCUGCAUCUUCGCUGCUUCUCCGCCCUUAUACGACCGGCCAAUCGUCCGCAUAGUCACUGAAGUCUCCAAAAGCCUUGAGCGCGCACUGACCCUGGUUUCUUCCAUGGCAACUGGUAGAAACAACUCGAGCCAACUUGAGCAUCAACAACAUCAGCAUCAUCAGAUACAAGAGCAUAACCAUCAUCAGAUUCCUUAUGCCAUAUUUCCAUCAUCUCCAUCAUCAUCCUCAAUCCCCCCAUCUGGAAACUUCAUCAUAAGCAAAGAUAGCGGAGCUUAUGAUUUGGGAGAAUUGGAUCAAGCACUUUUCCUCUAUCUCGAUGGACAAGACCCAUCUUCAGCUUCUUCAAUUCAAGAGCAAACUGAUUUUGAGGUAUUUGUCCAGCUGUGCCUCCACCUUAGCAUCCAUCUCAGCAAAAAGAAGGUCACGUCAGACACAGAGGAAGGGCUGAUGAGUAGACUGUUAAAUGUUAACAGAAGGAUUAAGAGAGGGGCUGAUUUGCCACUGCAGACCCUCCUAUACCUCCUCCUUAGCUAUUGUAUUGAUACAACAAUCAAUCAUCAACAGCAGCAGCAGCAUGGAGACUGCAGAAACCCUAAGAAUAAGUGUGCAGCAUGCUUCAGGCAGUUCAACAGAAUGGAGCACCUGGUGGAGCACAUGCGAACUUCAUAUCAUUCAGUUCAUGAACCCAUGUGUGGAAUAUGUCGGAAACACUGCAGAUCUUUUGAGUCACUAAGAGAACAUCUUAUAGGGCCAUUGCCAAAACAAGAGUGCAAGAACAUAUUCAGUGUCAGAGGAUGCAAGUUCUGUCUAGCCGUUCUGGAUAGUCCUAAUAGUCGCUGGAUUCAUCAAGAAAGAUGCCAGUUCUCUGGAGCAAAUGCUGUAUUGGGAAUAGUUGCUCGCCUGGCUAACCUAGGCAUCCGUGACAACCUGACCAUUGACAAUGGUUCAGUGAGAGGUCCACAAGUAGUUGCCCUAGCUUGCAAAAUGGUUGGAGGUGGCAGUGAUGGCUCCUUAAAUCUUUGUGCUAGGGUUUGUCUCAUUGAUGAAAAUGAGAAUAUGAUCUUCCAUACUUAUGUCAAACCACCCUUGCCUGUCACAAACUACAGAUAUGAAACCACUGGUAUUCGUCCUGAAUACCUUAAGGAUGCAAUGCCGCUGAAGCAAGUGCAAAAGAAGAUUCAAGACUUCCUGUGCAAUGGGGAAUCCAUGUGGAAGAUUCGAACUAAAGGUGGAAGAGCCAGGAUUCUUGUGGGUCAUGGCCUUGAUCAUGAUCUUGACCGUCUGCAAGUAGAAUAUCCAGCAGUCAUGAUAAGGGAUACUGCAAAAUAUCCGCCUCUGAUGAAAACAAGCAAACUCAGCAAUUCACUCAAGUACUUAACUCAAGCAUACCUUGGGUAUGACAUACAAACCGGCAUUCAAGACCCAUAUGAGGACUGUGUUGCAACAAUGAGGCUUUACAUGAGGAUGAGGUCUCAGGUUCACAAGUUAGAAGAUUACCCUCUAGCUUCAGACCCACAAAAUCGAAAUAACUUUGCGUCAUGGAGGAAAAAUGAACUAGAGAGAAUGACCCCAGAGGAACUGCUGGCAAUUUCAAGGUCCGACUACUACUGCUGGUGUUUGGACUCUCCAUGACCAUUGAUGGCAAACGUAGAGGGGAAUUGGGAAACAUUUGCAAUAAAGACUCCGUUCCAAG